AUGUCAGCUCCAAGCAGCGACCAAGAACAUCCACCACCACCUCCACCUGACGAGAGCUCAUCAACCAUGAACUCUCCAGACCGCAAUCCUUUGCUGGACCUAGAGUUCACGUUCUCUGAACCCCUAGUCUGGAGACCUUUUCCGAGGCUAGAGCUCAGGCUCUUGCGCCCGCCACAACCGUUAGGAGGCUGGUCACUAAUGGAGCUCUACAAGCACUCUAGAGAACUCGCUGGGUUCGUCGAGUCGGCGAGCGAGGUCGUGAAGACUGCAGAGGCUGAAAAGAGAGCUGAAGAUGGAGACAAAGGCCUGGGUGAUCUGUUGUCGGUUCAAGACAGAAAGCAUAUUGAGUAUAUCCGAAGACGCCACGAACGUGUUAAAAGACGCUACAACCGUGGGAAAAAGAACGCGAGAAAAGACGGAACGAGCUUGAUAAAAAGGAUUGCAUCGCAACGAACGUUAGAAAAAAAAGGAACGACCGUGAGAAAAGACGCAACGAUCUGGAAAAGAGGAAUUCUAGAGGAAUACUGA